CUCUCCGCCGGUGCUGUCCCGGUCUGAUGACGCAGAGGUUCUUGGUGUUUACCAUGGCGGCUAUCUGCUAAUUGAAAGGAAAAUGCGUUUUUUUUAGCUGGAAUAGCAGUCACAUUUUUUCGAAAAGAAAAGCAAGAGCAUUUCUCUCGUAUAAUGACCAACAGAACAUCUUACUUUUAUGACCCGGACGUGGGCAACUUUCAUUACGGUGCUGGCCAUCCCAUGAAGCCUCACCGUUUGUCUCUGACACACAGCCUGGUAUUACACUAUGGACUCUACAAGAAAAUGAUGGUGUUCAAGCCAUACAAAGCAUCUCAGCAUGACAUGUGUCGGUUCCACUCCGAAGACUACAUAGACUUCCUGCAGAAGGUCAGCCCUAACAACAUGCAGGGCUUCACAAAGAGCCUCAACACAUUUAAUGUGGGCGACGACUGUCCUGUCUUUCCAGGUCUUUUCGAGUUCUGCUCGAGAUACACGGGGGCCUCUUUACAGGGAGCUACACAGCUCAACCACAAGAUCUGUGACAUUGCCAUUAACUGGGCCGGAGGUUUGCAUCACGCCAAAAAGUUUGAGGCGUCUGGGUUUUGCUACGUCAAUGACAUCGUCAUAAGUAUACUGGAGCUACUUAAAUAUCACCCUAGGGUACUGUACAUCGACAUAGACAUUCACCAUGGUGACGGCGUUCAGGAAGCUUUUUAUCUGACUGACCGGGUUAUGACUGUGUCCUUCCACAAAUAUGGGAACUACUUUUUUCCAGGAACAGGUGACAUGUAUGAGGUCGGGGCAGAGAGCGGCCGAUACUACUGUCUCAAUGUCCCGCUCAGAGACGGCAUUGAUGACCAGAGCUACAGGCAGCUGUUCCAGCCGGUUAUUAAACAGGUGGUGGAUUUCUACCAGCCCACCUGCAUCGUUCUACAGUGUGGAGCAGAUUCUCUGGGCUGUGACAGACUGGGCUGCUUCAACCUCAGUAUACGAGGACAUGGUGAGUGUGUUGAGUUUGUAAAGAGUUUUAAGAUUCCUCUGUUGGUCCUGGGAGGAGGAGGAUACACAGUGAGGAAUGUGGCUCGCUGCUGGACCUAUGAGACGUCUCUGUUAGUGGAUGAAUCCAUCAGCGAUGAGCUGCCUUACAAUGAAUAUUUUGAGUACUUUGCUCCAGACUUCACGCUGCAUCCUGAUGUCAGCACCAGGAUAGAAAACCAGAACUCCAGACAGUACUUGGAGCAGAUCCGUCAGACGGUGUUUGAGAACCUGAAGAUGUUGAACCACGCGCCCAGCGUCCAGAUCCACGACGUUCCCUCUGACAUGCUGAGCUACGAACGCAACGACGAGCCUGACCCUGAUGAGAGGGGGGCCGAGGAAAACUACACCAGACCAGAGGCAGCCAAUGAAUUCUACGAUGGUGACCACGACAACGACAAAGAGAGUGACGUAGAAAUUUGACCGAUGAGAAUGCGAGAAGUGGAGCUUUUCCUUGCAACCCUGAUGUUAGCACCAGAGUCACGCCGCAAUAUUCUCUCUUUUUGGGCUUUGAGUCAGUACGUCAAAUAUUGUAACAAUCCAAAUACUGAAACAUACAUGUAUAUACAGAAUCUCUUUUAUCUUUAUUCAUGUAAAAAGAUUACAGGGUAAGAUGCUCCUGCAUGUUCUCAAAACGUUUUCUUUCCUGUAUGAACAGUCAAAUAUGUAGAUUUUGAUAAUAGCAUUUUCUUUUACAUUUAUUUUCCUCUUGCAAUCUUUUUCAUGUUAUCUUAGCACUGAGAUUUAUUCAGCCUUUGACAGAGGAAAAUGUCAACUGCAACAAAUCUAAGGGCUUCAGUCAACUGAAUUUAAGUUGAAAGCAGCAACACGUUUGUCACAUGAGGUGUCACAAAGAACAAUUCUGAGCAGAACGUUCCGUCAACCCCUUGGAUUUUAAGAGCAGUGACAGAUCGGGAUGUCCACACGAAGAGCCACCGUUCUAACCAGGGGUCAGGGACAAGUCGUGAGGAGUUGUUGAUUUAUUCCAUCUUAGAAGACACACGCUACUGUGAAAAGCUGUUCAAGCGCGUGCCCGGAUACAUUAGUCAGACAUUAGCCAGUACAGAUGUUUAGAACCAUGCUUACAUAGUUUUUAGACAGAAUAUCAGUACAAAUGAUUCCAGUCGUCAUUUCACUUCAACUUUUCUUAUUUUACUGUAACUGACAGAAUGUGGUAUUUUUAAAAAAUUGAUUUCCAUUUUUUUAAUAACCAUAUUAUUCAUGUGCCUUACAGCUCUGAAAUGUCAAAGGGAACAUCUGUAAAUGAAGACACAGACUUCAAUCUGAUCCAAACAGAAACUACUCUUUUCAUUCCUUUCUCUGCUCAUUACUUUACAUACUGUAUAUAUAAAUGUAUGAACUGUGAGUGUGUUUAUAAUGUAGAAGAGCAAAACUGGUGACAAAGCUGGUAGUUGGGUAUUGAAACGUUUUGUACAGAAGCAGGUAUUUGAUUCCGUAAUGAGAUGUCAGAGUGCAGGUCCUUCACUGUGCGGCUUCGUUACAGAUGUGCAUUUGGGACAGUAGAACUGUUCGAAGCCACAGUAGGAACACUUUUCUACCAUCUACCACCUCUGGUCCUCUUUAAGUCAAAAACAGGUUUUAUGUGAUUUUUGAUAUUGUUGUUAGCAACUUUUGCUUUUAAUAAAA